AUGGCAAACGGACGAGACGAGAAGAUAGCACCCGGAGCGGCGCAAGCCUUCGGCUCCAACCACCUUUACACCACAGGAUCAAACAUCUGGACAACGACCUAUGGGGGACCAGCCAAGGCCAACGCCGGAAACGCCAGAGCCGAAGACGCAUUCACAACCCAGCCGUCGGGCUCUGGCGCACUCGCCGCGGGCUCGGAGGCAGACACUUGGGGUCAGGGCCCUUGGAACCAGGACGGCACCCAGACCCGAUCUGCUUCCGGAAGCACGUCGCCAAACCGCACACGCGACAACCUGCACAACAGCACCUCAUCAUUCUUUGACAAUGCUACCAUCGGACAGGGCCGCGGCUUCAUCAACGGCCGGCCAAAAUCGUUUUUGGAGGAGGACAAGGAAAAUACCAGCUUCGGAGCCAGCUUCAACAGUCCGUAUGAGGGGUACGCCAGACAGGAGAAGCGCGGCUCGAAAGAGACUGCGUAUCUGGCCGGCCUGGGCGCUGUUGGUGCUCCCUCCAGAGACAGCAGCAUUCCUCCCUCGCGCCAGUCUGAUGAUUCGCACCACUCGCCCCCUGCGUUCCGAGACACGUUUGGUGGUUAUGGCCAUACCCCGAGCAAUUCAAUCGCCUCGACUCGUCCCAUGCCUGCCCACUCUUCGUCCUUCCCCUCGCAAACCACCAACCAGCGCGCUUUCCUGGCGAACAACAGGCAGAUGGAGGAUUCAGACCUUGCCUCCACGUUCAAGAAGUCCAUGACUCUGGAUGAUGGGUCCGGAAUCGCCCAGACCAUUGGCGGUGGCGCACCGGGCUUCCAGUUCAACCCUGGGUCUCAGCCCUGGAGGGCAGACGUCAACGGAGCCUUCCCUGAUGCCUACGCCGACCCCGUGGCACAGCAGCAGUAUAAGCGGGGCUCCAUCGCCAGCAUCUCUGGCACGCCGGCUCAGUACCGUGUCGUCACCAGCCCCAAGACGUAUGCGUCCCAGCAGACUGAUCCUUGGAGGUCAUCGUCUCGCGACCUGAGAAUGGUCUCGGAUGGCGACCGGCGGACCCCGGUUCAGCCCUUCAUCCCGGCCCAGGCGCCUACCUUCUUCCCCGCGGGGCCUUACUAUAACCCCAACUUCGCCGGACAAUUCGCUCCCCAGGUGUACGACCCAUACGUCAGGCAGCAGAUCCCCAUGCCCGGAUACGGACUGCACAUGGCGCCGUACUCCAUCCCCGGAGUGGUGCCGAUCCGUGCCACCAAGGACCAGGACCCGAGCAAGGGCAUGCGCAGCAUGCUUCUGGAGGAGUUCAGGUCCAGCUCCAAGUCUAACAAGCGGUACGAGCUUAAGGACAUUUACAGCCACGUCGUCGAAUUCAGCGGCGACCAGCACGGCUCCAGAUUCAUCCAGCAGAAGCUCGAGACGGCGAACAGUGACGAGAAGGACCAGGUCUUCCGCGAGAUCGAGCCCAACGCUAUCCAGCUGAUGAAGGACGUCUUUGGCAACUACGUCAUCCAGAAGUUCUUUGAACACGGCAACCAGGUGCAGAAGAAGGUGCUGGCCUCCCAGAUGAAGGGCAAGGUCGUCGACCUGUCGAUGCAGAUGUACGCCUGCAGAGUUGUCCAGAAGGCCUUGGAGCACGUCCUCGUUGAGCAGCAGGCGGAGCUCGUCAAGGAGCUUGAGCCGGAGAUUGUCAAGGUUGUCAAGGACCAGAACGGCAACCACGUAGUCCAAAAGAUCAUUGAGCUCGUCCCCCGCCAUUACAUCAACUUCAUCAUGGACUCUUUCCGUGGUCAAGUGAGCACCCUGGCCUCGCACAUGUACGCCUGCAGGGUCAUUCAGCGCAUGCUCGAGUACGGCACCGAACAGGACAAGGAGACGAUCCUCGGCGAGCUGCACAACUCAACCCAGAGCCUCAUCACCGACCAGUACGGCAACUACGUUGUUCAGCACAUUAUCGAGCACGGCAAGCCCGAGGACCGCUCAAGAAUUAUCCAGCUUGUCAUCUCCCAGCUGGUCACCCUGUCCAAGCACAAGUUCGCCUCGAACGUGGUUGAGAAGUGCAUCCAGUUCGGCACCGCGGAGGAGCGCAAGGGCAUCCGCGAGCAGAUCACUUCCCAGGCCAGUGACGGAACCAGCUCGCUGCAGUUGAUGAUGAAGGAUCAGUACGGCAAUUACGUGAUUCAGAAACUGCUCAACCUGAUUGAAGGCUCCGAGCGCGAGGCCUUCAUCGAGGAGAUGAAGCCCCAGUUUAACCUCCUCCGCAAGACGAGCACUAGCCGUCAGCUUGCGGCCAUUGACCGGCUCCUCUAUGCCACACAGACCCUUCCCUCCAAGUCCGGAGGAUCUCAGGCCGACUCUACCGCACCUACCCCGGUUCUGACGAUGGAGCCCAACAGCCCUCAGAGCAGCAGUCCUCCCAGCACGAACGCCAGCGCCAUCGGCGAGGUGGCGGACGACGACAACAAGUCCGGGGUGCCCGGUGGUGUGAGCCUCAAGGUGCAGGUUGAGGAGGCUUAG